AAGAAUAGGAAACUUAAGAAACAUAGCUCUUAAAAACCUGCAAAAUGCAUUUCGUAGGUUUCUUUUUGAUCCUUUUCCUUUCCUUAUACAAAACUUAUAGCUUAAGUGGAAGAUUAUAUUCGAGUUGUUCGAAAAGCUUAAUAGAUCGAUACUGCGGUGUGAAAAACAAAGCGGCAGUGCUCGAAUGUAAACAAAGGCUUGGAUUUGAAAGAGGUUUGGAAAUAUUUGAAAAUUGUUAUAAUGCAGUUUCUGAAACGGGAAAACUUGAAACCAUAGAAGAGAAAUUAGAAAAAAUUUGUUCUUUGAAUCGUGAUGAAUUUAUAGGCAUUUCUAAUUGUGGUGAAUAUGCAGGAAAAAUAGACCUUCUGAAAACAAGAGGAAAAAUGUACAAUAUUGUUGACCUUUGUUUAUACGUUCAAGAAGUGAUAGAAGAUAAGCUCCUUCAAAGUAUUCUCCUCCCACUGCAAAGUACUUAUGCCAACAUUUCUUCCAAUCCUCAAAACAUGCUUUAAAGUUAAAACCCCUUCAGGACUUGCAGUGAAUUUUGUUUUAUGGCACCAAUCAACUCAAAAUGAUGACCAAGAAGCAGAAAAUUUAGUCAAGGAAGCAGGAAAAAAAUCAUAGUGCCAUAUCAGGUGAAUAUGGAGCUGUUGAACUUUUUGAACAAAAAUGUAUCACAAGAACAUUGUGAGCAGGUACAUUAUUGUGAUACAAAAUCCGUGAGUUUUCUCACCACAAAUCAGGUCAUUUUCUACAAAUUUUUCACACAAUGCAAAAUAGUCAAAUAAUAUUCUUUGUUGACAGUUUGAUUAGUCGGAAGGAACUGUGAUGCACGACACCAUGACAGUCGAAUAAAACAGUCAACAUGACCUAGAUUUUUGACUGACAUAUUUUUGGUCUUGCUUCAUGUUGAGUGCCAUUCACCUGAUUGCUUUUGACACUGAAACAGCUCAACAUAGAUCCAGAUUUCAACACCCAUAAUAAUGCAUUUUAAGAAUGAUUUGCCUUAAAGCAUUUCCUCAUCCACUUGAAUACAUUUUUUAAAAAAUUUAAUGUCUGGAAUGACUCGAGAAGUAACGUGCUGCAAGCCCAAAUAAUCUUUUAAAAUUGCUUGACAAGAUCUGAAUGAUACUGGAAUAUUUUCAAUAAUGUCCCUAAUUGUUUAAUGACAAUCACUCAGCACCAAAUCUCUGACUCAAGUGACAUGUUGUUCAUCUUCCAACAUUCUCUGCCUUUCUUGUACUACUUGAAAGCUUGUUUUUAAUAGACUAUCGUCAAAAGCUUUUUGCAGCAUUCCAAUGUUUUUUUUAGCAGUAAUUCCAUUGCAAAAACAAAAUUUAAUGCAUAUUCUUUUCUCAAUUAUACGCAGUAUUUUGAAAAAUUGCUGGCAAAAAAAUUAUUUGCAAAUAAAUGCUUGUUUUGCAUAUAAACAAAAACAGAUGAUGACAUACAGAUUGCUGCUAGAUGAUGUUAAUAAAAGUUAUAUCAAUUGAAAAAAAAGAAAAAGAAACAACAGCAGCCUCUUGCACAUGCACAAUUUAAAUGAACUCUUCCCAAUAAUUUUUUAUGACAGUAGUACAUAUAUAAAUUUUUUGCUGAUAUUAAAAGAAACUUAUUUGUUUUUUUGUUACUUUCAGUUUUGAGAGAGUUUUUUUUU